UUUUUAUAAACUUUAUUAAACAAGGCUAUUCUAAAAUCUAAAACAUGUCCUCCGUUCCUAACCCCAAGGUCUUCUUUGACAUUGCUAUCGAUGGUGCGCCUGCUGGCCGCGUCGAAAUGGAGCUUUUUGCCAACAUAGUCCCCAAGACCGCCGAGAACUUCCGCGCUCUGUGCACCGGUGAGAAGGGGUUUGGCUACAAGGGUAGCUCAUUCCACCGCGUGAUUCCCCAGUUCAUGCUCCAGGGCGGUGACUUCACCAACCACAACGGCACUGGUGGCAAGUCGAUUUAUGGCGAGAAGUUUGCUGACGAGAACUUUGCCAUUAAGCACUCUGGCAAGGGUGAUCUUUCCAUGGCUAAUGCUGGCAAGAACACCAAUGGAUCCCAGUUCUUCAUCACCACGAUCAAGACUUCCUGGCUCGAUGGCGCUCACGUUGUCUUUGGCAAGGUCACCAAGGGCCUUAAGGUUGUUGACAAUGUCGAAACCAAGGGAACUGCAUCGGGCAGAACCAGUGCCAGGGUUACUAUUGCAGAUUGCGGCCAGCUGUAAGGAGUUGCCUAGAAGUAAAUUUAAUUACGAACAAAUUAUCAAUUUAAAUAAUAAACAAUUAAUUGAAUUGAAAUAUACUCUUUAGCUGAAUUAGAAACAUAGCAGUGUUUGGCCGUAGAUUUCAACCAUGGUUUUUUAAAUAAAAUAUAUAUAUGGU